ACUAUUGGUUAAGUCUUCUAACAAAUGAUGAUUUGUUUGAUAUCUUCUUUAAUUUAAUUAAUAUUCAAAAUCAACAGUUAAUUAAAAGCAAUCGAUAUGAUUGAUAUUGAAAGUUUGAGCGUGCUCACGUUACUUUGGAUAUGUACUUUAGAGUAAAGUCUAAUAUUUUCCUAAGAAUUUCAAUAAAUGCAUGAAGUCAGAUAUAAAAUAGAAGAAUAGCGGUUAGCUGAAAGACUAUAGUCUCAUUGUUAACUGAAUAGUAAACCAUUGCUUUUCUACCGUCUAUGACAACAUAGAUAUAUCAUCAUACAGAGCUUUGAUGUUUUAUUGAUCUAAGUUUUAAAUUGUUAUCGUUAUUAUUAUUACUUUUCUAUGAUAAAUUGAUAAAGACUUUUAUCGUUAUAAUGAAAAAAGAAAUGAAUGUUAUAUAACAUGAAUGACUUUUUUUGUUUCUUACUGAUAAAAGAAAGCAAAGAAAGACAUUUAGAAGUUAAGGUACUCACUUAUAUAUUUGCUCUGAUAAUCUUUACAAACAUAGAAUAUUCAAUGUAUUUGUCUGAAACAGAUAUUUCAAUACUGUCUUAAAUGAAAAAUAUUCAACUUAGUUUUUGUUUUUGUUUUUGUUUAGAUAAUAGCGAAACAAUCAUAAAAUAAUGCCGAUUGAAGUUGGUCAACAAGCACCAGAUUUUACUUUAUACAAUACCGAACAAAAAGAAAUUUCUCUUAAAGAUUUAAGAUCAAAAUCGAAUGUUGUUCUUUUAUUUUUUCCAUUGGCUUUUACCAGUGUUUGUACGAAAGAAUUAUGUUCAACUUGAGAUGAAAUUAGUCAAUUUGAAGAUUUAAAUGCAACUGUUAUUGCUAUUUCAGUUGAUUCACUUUUUUCUUUGGGAAAAUUUCGCCAAGAAAAUGAAAUUCCAUUUGAUUUAUUAUCUGAUUUUAACAAAGAAAUUUCUCGAAAAUAUGAUUCACUUUAUGAAGAUUUUCCCUUACUUGCUCUUAAAGGUGUUACAAAACGAAGUGCUUUUAUUAUUGACAAACAAGGAAUAAUUCGAUAUGCUGAAAUACUUGUUGAUCCAACUAAACUUCCAGAUUUCGAUAAAAUUAAAGAAAUAUUAGACAAUUUUAAUAAAUCAUAG